AUGCCCAGAGCGCGCAGCACGUACUUGGCUCAGUCGAUCUCUUCGGAAAUUCGUACCAGUGCAACAAUGCGCGAGAACAAUUGCAAAGACUCCUUGGCUGCGCAAACGGCAUUAGCAGACCAAUUAAAGACAAACCUCGACGAUGAAGAACGCGGCCACGCGACCAAGCUGGAAAACCUCAAGAAUCAAUGCGACGCUCAAGAACAGGCACACGCCGCACGCCAGACCGAACUCGAGAACGAGUUGGAGACCACCAAGCAAGCGCUUGACGUUGCCCGUAACAACCAUACUGCCAUUGUCGAAGAAUGGAAUCAAAAGCCCUUUAGGUACCUUGGCUGUUAUCAGGCCAUUAUCACCAAUCGAGUGAUACAUGAUAUUGGGGUAACGCUGACUUACAUGAGCGUUUCGAGAUGCGAACAUAUCUGCCAAAGCUAUCGCUACUAUGGUCUUGAGGCUGGGGACAGUUGCCUCUGUGGAAACGCUUUGAGAUACAAUCCUGUAGCGCAGCCUUCGAAAUGCACUACUAAGUGUACAGGUAACGCCGCCGCUAAAUGUGGAGGUAAUCUCGCCAUGGACAUCUACGAGAAGAUAAUUUAG